UUGACGUCCACGGUUAAAGAAACGUAACAGUUUUAUUUAUUUUACUAUAAUAUUCAUAUUUAAAUACCAACAUCAAAAUGCGUGUGUCGUUGUGCUUAUUAGCGGUAGCUUAUUUUAUCGCCGGCGCGUGCGCAGGAAAGCUUCCAACGUUCAUCAAAGCCUGUUCAGUAUCAGACCCAAAACUCAAUCAAUGUAUAGAGUCCGCUAUAACCGUCGCCGGGCCAAAGUUUGCCCAAGGCAUCCCAGAACUGGGAAUCAAACCCUUAGACCCUGCGGAACUGGGUACAGUGGUUGUGAACAAUCCCGCCUUAAAGGUCAUCCUCGAAGAUACUGUUGUGACUGGAUUAGGAGGAUUCAAGAUUAAUUCCUUUAAAAUGAACGCGGAAAAGGGGAAAGCUGUCCUGGACUUCACAGCCAACGUGACGUUGAAAGCGCACUACGAUAUGGACGGAAAGGUGCUUAUCGUACCAAUCAGGGGCAACGGCCAGGCCAAGAUCAAGAUCACAAACCUUCGUAUUGUGAUCAAAUACGAUUUCAAAACAGUCGACGGUUACUGGACUGUCACCGAUCACAAGGACAGUUACAAAAUGGACCGAGCACAGUUCAAGUUCACCAACUUAUUCAACGGAAACAAGGAGCUCGCUGACACAACAGUAAGAUUCCUUAACGAAAACUGGGAAAUUAUAAUGCAAGAAAUAGCACCACCAGCCAUCGAUCAAGUAAUUGCAGCGUGCGUCGAAGAAGUUAGGAAACUGUUUCUGGCAGUACCCGCAGAUCAAUUGCUAUCCCAGUGAAUGCGGACACAAUCGACGCGGUGAUCAAUGAGCACUGGGAGCCGGUGAUCAAAGACAUCGCACCCACCGCUUUCGACACAAUCAUCAACGCGUGCGUUAAUGAAGCAAAGAAACUAUUCGCUUCUAUUCCAGCCAACCAACUUCUUCUAUCAUAAAACAUAAUAUGAUAGCGUAUUGGUCCAAAUAAAAAAAAAAUUGAACACUG